AAGUAUAGACGAAAACUUGGACGAGCCCAACCGGUGGCUCUAUUCUACCACGUAUUACUUUGUCUAGGCCGGGCGUAGCGUGCAGCGGCCGUCUGCGAUGUAUAUAAAGCGAUGCUGUUCCUAUUGAGUGUAUUGUAGCUUUCGUUGAUUUGAACAAGACUAGAACGUUUGAGUCUGCGCGCUCCUCAGGAGAAUCCCCAUCUCGUGCAACAGCGACGUCGCCACGGCGUUCAGGACAGGUCACUACAUAUGAGCAACCAUGUCUUUGACGGACGGUGAGAAGGCGGCUGCCGCGUCCACCUGGCGUGAGAAGGAUUUGAAAGGUCGCUUCAAUUGGGAAACUACGUCAGAUGAGAUAGCGAAUGUUUUCGCAGAUCGUAUCAAAGAUAAAGUAGUUGUAAUAACCGGUAUUGGGCCUGGUGGAAUUGGUGCCGACGCUGCUCGAGCAAUAUUCAAAAAGUCCCCAAAGUUAUUGGUUCUCGCAAGUCGAACGCAUUCGAACAUACAGGCCGUCAUCCAAGAACUAGAGCCCCUGGGACAGACGGACAGUAUCAGAGCACUGCAACUCGACUUGGCAAGUCAAAAAAUGGUUCGUAAGGCCGCAGCUGAGCUGCUCGAUAUGACGCCGGUUGUCGAUGCGCUCAUCAACAAUGCGGCAGUCAUGGCUACUCCCACAUUCCAGACAACUGAGGAUGGUCACGAGUUGCAGUUCGGUGUCAAUCAUCUAGGCCACUUUACGUUUACGAAUCUGAUCAUGCCGGCCUUGCUUAAGUCGAAUGGAGGUGCUUCAGUAGUUAACGUCAGCAGUGCCGGUUCUCGUGCAGGAGGGGUACGAUUUGAGGAUCCAAAUUUCGGUAUGGGCAAGGAGUACGAGAAAUUUCUCGCAUAUGGACAAUCAAAAUCUGCGAAUCUCCUCUUUUCAGUCGCGUUGGCGAGGAAGUACGGCAAAGUGGGCCUUCGCUCGUUUGGUGUCGACCCAGGAGGUUGUGGUGGAACAAGACUUGCAAGAGAAAUAUCAUUACAAGAAAUGAUAGAUCGUGGAUGGCUCAUGCCAAAUGGAAGCCCGAACCCGGACUGGGUUCCUCCCAAAAGCGUACAGCAAGGUUCAGCCAGCUAUCUUUUGGGUGCGUUUGAUCCAAGCCUUGCGGAUAGCAAUGGUGCUGUGCUCGCAGCAUGUAAUGUCGAUUCGUCGUUUCCACCCCAUGCCGUGGACCCCACAUUUGCGGAGAGGCUCUGGACGUUGAGCGAGAAUCUGGUCGGAGAAAAGUUUGAUUGAUGGGAAGGCUGAUUCAUUAUAAGCCACAUGGGAGUGCACAUCAGCCCAACGAUUUCUCCGACGCAAAGUCGGUGUAUCGUGGGGAAAUAAAUCUGGCCAUGAGGUUCUAAGCAGUACCGAUGCCGACUCAAGGAAGAAUCUAGAUGCCGACGACAGUGUGACAAUGAUUCGAGUUUGAGACGCCAUGGAGCAGAGUACAAUGACAUUGGCACAUCAAGGUUUAUCCUAGAGAUCCUUGAGUUUGCCUAACGUAUAUAGGGCGUGACAGUUGAGGGUUCUAGACGCAGCAGUUAGCUCGUAAGCUCAGACUU